AUGUCUAUUACUAUGAACCCAUCUGCUAUAAUAGCUAUACGCAAAGACCUUCCCUCGUCGCCAGUCGCCCUCGUCGGCACCCACUCCCGCUCCCCUCUCGUGAGAACCAGGUCUCUCAUGACACCAGUUCCAAUAGCGUUGACGAUUAUUGCCAGUAGCACCGAAUCACAAUGGACUCCGUUGACGAUAUGCCCAUUUUGGCCCCAGCUACGUGGCGAGCUUCGAGACCGCGAGAACCAGGCCUCUGAUGAUACCGUCCCCAGUGGCAAUGACGACGAUAAUCACAGUGAUUCGCAAUGGACUCAAACGAUAUGCCCCGUUGAGAUUCCAAGCCACCCAUCGACAGCGCGAGAAUGGAGCACCAAAAUUGGAAGGCAGAGAACGAGGCCAUGA